AUUGCUUUGGCGCCGUCUGGGGAGCACGGUCCCGCGGGUGGCGCGCAGCGCAAGGUGGCGGCUCCUCUCGGAGCGCAGCCGACCCGCUGACCCAGACUCCGUUUCUCCUGCCCGGCGCGCCCCUGCGGCCGGCUGGAGGCCGAGACAGCAGCAGCAUUAGCAGCAGCAGCGGCCGCGGCUGCUCCGCCGCCGCCGUCUCCGCGGGAGCAUGGAGUGCGCCCUGGACGCCCAGAGCCUGAUCAGCAUCUCCCUGCGCAAGAUCCACAGCUCCCGGACCCAGCGCGGCGGCAUCAAGCUGCACAAGAACCUCCUGGUGUCCUACGUGCUCCGCAACGCGCGCCAGCUCUACCUGAGCGAGCGUUACGCCGAGCUCUACCGGCGCCAGCAGCAGCAGCAGCAGCAACAGCAACAGCAACAGCAGCAGCCGCCCCACCACCAGCACCAGCACCUCGCGUACGCCGCGCCCGGCAUGCCGGCCAGCGCGGCCGACUUCGGCCCGCUCCAACUUGGCGGCGGCGGGGACGCGGAGGCGCGCGAGCCGGCCGCCCGGCACCAGCUGCACCAGCUCCACCAGCUCCACCAGCUGCACCUCCAGCAGCAGCUGCACCAGCACCAGCACCCGGCGCCCAGGGGCUGCGCGGCGGCGGCGGCCGGGGCGCCCGCGGGCGACGCGGGGGCGCUCUCGGACGCCUCCCCGGCCCCCGCCUCCUCCCCCGGCUUCUAUCGGGGCGCAUACCCGGCCCCCUCGGACUUCGGCGUGCACUGCAGCAGCCAGACCACCGUGCUGGACCUGGACACUCACGUGGUGACCACGGUGGAGAACGGCUACUUGCACCAGGACUGCUGCGCCUCCGCCCACUGCCCCUGCUGUGGCCAAGGCGCCCCGGGACCGGGCCUGGCGUCCGCUGCCGGUUGCAAGCGCAAGUAUUACCCUGGCCAGGAGGAGGAGGACGACGACGACGAGGACGCGGGCGACCUGGGGGCCGAGCCCCCCGGGGUCGCCCCGUUCGCUCCCUGCAAGCGCGCCCGCUUCGAGGACUUCUGCCCGGACUCGUCCCCGGACGCGUCCAACAUCUCAAACUUGAUCUCCAUCUUUGGCUCGGGCUUCUCGGGGCUGGUGAGCCGACAGCCGGACUCCUCGGAGCAGCCGCCGCCGCUCAACGGGCAGCUGUGCGCCAAGCAGGCGCUCGCCAGCCUCGGCGCCUGGACUCGAGCCAUUGUCGCCUUCUAGGGACCCCCGAGGGCACGGGGACCCGGGGCCCCGCGGGGCUGGGGCCAGACAAAGACUCGGCCAAGGGGCGAGAGGAGGGAAGGAACGGGCGCCCGGCCAUUCGGGGCUGAGCUGGGGACGACCAGGGGGAGGCGGCUGAUGUUUUAUAAAUUGUAAAAUAAAAAAAAGAAAUCUAAGAUCUUGGACUUUAUUUUUGCAGAGAGAAAAAGCGCCUAUUUAAGUAUGCUUUGUGUUUCUCCUACUCUUUUUUUUUUUCUUCUUUUUAUUGUAGUGAUUGCAGUGGUGUUUAGCGAGGAACCAGCCACGUGAGGGAGGGCUGCUGCCCGCAGGAGGUGCGGGGCAGCCGGGGGAGAGGCUGGGAGCCCGGGCCGCCGGGGCGCGCCGGGGGCGCAGCGCAGGAGGGCGCGGGGCCCGGGACGCCGAUCCCAAUCAGUUGUCAGACCCAGGAAGCCCGGCGCUCGGUUCUCUCGAAUCCCUCCUUGGGGUGAGGAAUGGGUCUUGUGAAAUCCUGAGCAAAAACAAAGGCAAACUCUAUCUCCGAAAGGGACGUUUGGGUCACAUUUCCUCUCUGGGGGCGGCCUCCAAAGUUCGCAAAAUGAGAAGGCAGAAAUGAAAACACUUAAACUUUUUUUUCUUCCCGGGG